AUGCUUUUCAAUCCACACAAGUUGGGGGUGCACAAGGUGCUUCAGCAUAUCCCUCUCAAUGCUUUGUUUGAUGCUCCUUACAAGAGACGCCUGGCAAGGGCAGUCAAUAUUGCUGAUCUGAGACUGAUUGCCAAAGCCAGAGCUCACAAGAUGGUUUUUGACUACUUGGAUUCUGGUGCCGAUGAUGAAAUCAGUCUGCGUCGCGGUAAAGAUGCUUAUUCAGAGCUAGAAAUGCACUACAAAAUUCUAGCCGGAAUCAAACCACCACUGGAUAUGUCAACAAAGAUUUUUGGCUGUGAUGUGAGCUUGCCAUUCUUUGGAUGCCCCACCGCUGGUAAUAGAAUGUUCCACUGGGAGGGUGAAACGGCGGCUGCCAAGGCAGCCAAGCACCAUGGAACUCUUUAUGGAUUGUCUUCUUUGGCAACUACUGGAAUUACCGAAAUUGGCGAACUUUUUGAUGGUCCCAAGGUAUUUCAGCUGUACGUAUGGAAAGACCGUGAACUUGUGAAGGAAGUGCUUGCAAAGGCAAAGGAGGGAGGAUUCAAUGCCCUGGCUCUGACAGUCGACUUUACAUGGUACGGUAACCGUGAGCGUGAUAUUCGCAAUGACUUUUCCAUCCCUCCAAAAUACACCGUGCCACAAAUGAUAGAAGCCAUCAAGAAACCCGCAUGGACCUACGAUUUCCUCUCCCACGAGCCCUACACCUACGCCUGCAUCAAUACGGAUGUUCCGGCCGAUUCUCUGGCAGCUUUCGUGAAUAGUCAAAUUAUGCCUGAAUUCAGCUGGAAAGAUGCGGAGUGGUUGCUUGGAGAAUGGAACGGCCCAGCGGCCCCCAAGGGUGUUGUCCGCCCUGAAGAUGCUUUGAAAGCACUUGAAAUUGGUUUCUCCAGUAUCUGGGUGUCCAAUCACGGAGCACGGCAACUGGAAACAUCCCCCGCAACAAUUGACGUCUUGCCAUCGAUUCGCGAGGCUGUUGGACCGGAUGUGGAAAUCAUCAUGGAUGGAGGUGUCCAGCGUGGAACAGAUAUUGCCAAAGCUCUGGCACUUGGUGCCGACUCUGUCGGUGUUGGCAAACCAUACUUGUGGGGUCUUGCUGCUGGCGGAACGGAUGGAGUCAUCAAGGCCUACGAAAUCCUGAAGGUUGAACUGGACCGAGCCAUGGGUCUUUUGGGAACACCGACGGUGGCUGAUUUGAAAAAGGAGGGACCAUCACUCAUCAAGAGACGUCAUGGCAGUAGUCGAGAUUACCCAGAUAUGUAUGCACCCGACCGUGGCUACGGUGGAGGCAUCGUAUAG